CUUGGGAUGUCUUUAAAUUGGGUAAAAAUAAACUUGAACAUGAACCAUAAAACAUGCAGCACGAUUUUAAACCCCACCAAAACUACAUAGGUUGCAUCUUUCUCCCGCAAGGCAAAUGUCAUUGCACGACGUGCCACCAGGUGCCACCGUGCUCGUACAUCCAUCGAGGAGGCGUGUUCAUGGUGUUUUUUGGGUUUCUUGGAUGGAGGCGACUGGCUUUACACUUCCGAAACUGACUGUCUCUUCCGUCUGUUCCUCAACUGAACCGCUUCCGAACAGUCACCGAACUUUUGAAAGCCGUUGCCAAUAUUUGUCACGCAUGAUGUACCCCACGAGCUCCGCGAAUUUUAUAUGUAAUUGCUAGCACGCACCUCCUGAGGAGACGGUGCUCUAGGGACGGCGAUGUCUACCGCUUCAGUGGAGAAGAGCUUUGUAUGGUCGCCGGCUCCCUACGGCAACCGAAAGUUCAGCGUCCGUCGUAGCGUUCAGGUCCCGAACGACCUACCAGUCAAGGAAAUCGUUUUCCGUCUCAUGCAAGAGGAACAGUUGCCCUGCUACGUCGAAGACGAUCUGACGACCAGCUUGUCCGACUUCAUUGCCCACGAGACCGAACAGUUCUUUGACCAGACUUCGUCGACAGCCAUAGAGAAAUUUCAACGCGAUGGUGACGUGGAGGCGUUGACAGCACGCUGGACCCGUGAUUUUCGAGAGGAGCACCUGUGCUACGCGAGUGCCGAGGAGGAGACGCCCGACUCCCGGUUCCCGCACAUGUACCACACGCUCAUCCACUCCCCGGCGUUGGACACCGUGCUGAACCUAGAGCACACGUACGCCGUGGCCGUCGGAGACAUGGUGCGGGAGCGCGACGAGACCCUCGGCCGGCUGCAGAAAAGGCAAACUUCGGAGAUGGAGCGAUGCGUGCAGCAGGUGGGGCUGACCCUGACGGACCGCGACAUUAACGACAUUGCCGCCCGACACUUCGAGGAAACGCAGAGGCUGAUGGACCAAUGGGACAAGCGCAUUGGCAGCCUCAAGCAGACCCAGCGGAAGGAAUUUUGGGAGUGGGUGCGCACCGUUCACGAGGACUACACCACCUCAAAGGGCGAUCGGGGCUUUGGGGCUCGGAUGCGGGCAGCCUCCCGGUCCUUGGCAGGUCACGAAGUGGACAACUGGACGCCGCCGCCUCCCCGCCCUUCGGAGAGCUUCACCAUUCACCUCGGGUCACAGCUGAAGGUGAUGCACAACCUCCGUCUGCUGUCUGCCAACGUGCUCGACCUAUGCCGCCACACGACUUACGGCAUGGGGGUUCCGGCGCCCCAGAGGCUCCAGAUGGCCAUGUCCCUGCACUCCAACAGCCUGUCUGGUCUGGUGCUGCUCGUGGACAAUCGCAUCAACUCCUACGUCGGCAUCAAGAGAGAGUUUGCCGCCAUUUGUCACGAAUCGACGGAGCUCCACUUUGCGGACAUCGACGAUCAGCUCGAGACGGUUCGUGCCAAGGCACGCGAAGUGGCCGAGAUCCGGACAGCCGCUAGCCUAUCCGGCUCCGACGGAAGCUCGAGCCAAUCCAGUCGGCGAUCCAGUUUCUCGGGUCAGGACCAUUCGGGCGGCAGCGCAGGCGGUGGUGCCAGCCCAACCCUGCAGCCGGGCGACUUUUAUGUGACACGGCACUCGAACCUGUCCGAGGCCCACGUGGUGUUCCACGUGGUCGGGGACGAGUCCCUGCGGGGCGCCGACGUCGGCUCCCGGCACCCCGUGAUCCUGGGUCUGCGCAACGUGCUCAGGGUGGCCCACGAGCGGGACGUCUGCGGCGUCACCCUGCCCCUCCUCCUCUCCCAUGAGCUGUACGAGGAGAUGACGAUUCCGUGGUGCCUGCGGCGAGCUGAGCUGGUCUUCAAGUGCAUCAAGGGAUUCAUGAUCGAGAUGGCCUCUCUGGUGGGCGAGGAGACGCGCACCGUCCAGUUUCUCGUGCCUCAGGGAAUCUCGGAGGACCUGUUUGCCAGCCUGUCAGCCAUGCUCUCCUCCAUCUUCCGGGUGUCCAACCCACUGGUGCUCAAGUAAAGCGCCUCCCUUCAUUGGACAAAGCCAACGCAACUGUUGACGAAUCACAGAAGAGGAAACAUGGUGUACAUUUUACAACGUCGCGACAAAGGGAAGUCCUGCAAUGACCUGUCGCGAAGCAACGGGCCAUUAGUUACAACGAAAUCCUUACCUUAACAUACUCAAUCUAGGGAAUGUCCAGCAAUGGGAAAAGUGAGAAAAUACCCAGAAUUAUAGGGAAUAUUUGGUCAGCAUGGAAAAAACAGGGAGUGGUUGUGGAAUUUGGCCACAGCUUCGUGGGAGUCGGGGAAAUUUGUGAAUGAAUGUUGCUUUGUUUUUUUUUUUAAUGCAUGUUUAUAAAUUUGAAUAUAACUGUGUAUUUUUUGGGAAUAGUAAUAAUGAUGUAGAAACCAGCAGAAGUAUGAAACCUGAAUCUUGUUUUUUGAGCUUUCUUGGCUUACCGGUCAGGCUAGUAUCAUCAUUAUUGAUUGUUCCGCAAGUACAUUCUUUCAAAAGUGGUCCGGAAAUUUUAGAUGUAGUGGCGGUAGGCCCUUUGAAGAUGUUUAUUGGCCAUCUGCGAAUCACGAUGACUUGCAGAUGGCCAACAGACUUAUCGCAGUAUUUAUUUAUGGAGGUGCUGAUCACCAUGAUUGAUGAAUAUUGGAACUUAUGAUAGGUAUGUAGAACCUCUGUUAUACAUAACCUCCUCUAGAGCAGCAGUAUUUUUAGAGACUUCAUAGGACGGGUGUAUUUCUCGAAAAUUUUCUGCCCACCCAUCUCCCGAAUUUUCGUUUUAGAGAGGAGAUAGUACCAAAUGUUUUCUGAUAGUAACAAACAUAUUUCUGGACAAAGAAUAAACAUAGUAUUCAGUGC